UCAAAAAAAAAAAAAAAAGAAAAAAGAAAAAAGAAGAAAAAAGAAAAAAGAAAAUAAAAGGAGCGUACAAAAAAGACACUUGUACGUAGAUAAAUAGCUGUACAAAAUCAGAUAUUCAGAGGAAAAUAAGAUAGAUGCAGCUGAGUUCUUUUUUAUCUGGGGUUCUUCUUCUUAUUAUAGUUCUUGACUCAAUGGAAUAAAUGAAUGAAGAAUGAAUGAGAAGCUUUAUCUAUGAAGUUCUUUUGUAUUUGAAGGUUAUUUUGGCUUCUGGGUUCUCGCUUUAUAUUAGUUUUUAGGCCUAUUUGGCUCCUGGGUUUUGGUCUCUUGGUUUAAAGGGCCAUCCCGUCAUGGCUGGUAGUAAUGAAGUCAACCUCAAUGAAUCCAAGAGGGUUGUGCCACUAAACACAUGGGUCCUCAUUUCAAAUUUCAAGCUAGCAUAUAAUCUCCUUCGCCGCCCGGAUGGGAGCUUUAAUCGUGAUUUGGCAGAGUUUCUUGACCGGAAAGUCAAUGCCAACACCAUUCCGGUUGAUGGAGUUUUCUCCUUUGAUCAUGUAGACAGAGCCACAGGCCUCCUUAACCGGAUUUACCAACCUGCCCCUGAAAAUGAGGCUCAGUGGGGCAUUGUAGAGCUUGAAAAGCCUUUGAGCACAACUGAGAUUGUCCCAGUUAUAAUCUUCUUCCAUGGUGGAAGCUUCACUCACUCCUCUGCCAAUAGUGCUAUCUACGACACCUUUUGUCGCCGCCUUGUGAAUGUUUGCAAAGCUGUUGUAGUAUCUGUUAAUUAUCGCCGGUCACCUGAAUAUCGCUACCCAUGUGCAUAUGAUGAUGGUUGGGCAGCUUUUAAGUGGGUUAAAUCAAGAACUUGGCUUCAAAGUGGGAAGGAUUCGAAAGUUCAUGUAUAUUUGGCAGGGGAUAGUUCAGGUGGUAAUAUAGCUCACCAUGUUGCAGUUAGAGCAGCAGAAGCAGAAAUUGAGGUAUUGGGUAAUAUUCUUCUUCAUCCAAUGUUUGGCGGGCAAAUGAGAACUGAAUCGGAGCAAAGAUUAGAUGGAAAAUAUUUUGUUACAACUCAAGACCGCGAUUGGUAUUGGAGAGCAUAUCUACCCGAAGGGGAAGAUAGAGACCAUCCAGCGUGCAAUAUAUUUGGUCCAAGAGGGAAAAACCUUGAAGGAAUUAAUUUUCCUAAAAGUCUAGUUGUUGUGGCUGGUUUGGAUCUUGUUCAAGAUUGGCAAUUAGCUUAUGUUGAAGGGCUCCAGAAAGCUGGCCAUGAAGUGAAACUUCUUUAUCUAAGGCAAGCUACAAUAGGUUUCUACUUUUUACCAAAUAAUGAUCACUUCUAUUGCCUAAUGGAGGAAAUUAAAGCCUUUGUUAAUCCUAACUGUUAAUAGACAACUUAACCUUUACCUACAGGCAGCCAAAUACAUAAUAGAAGCUUUGACACUUCACUUGGGUUCUCUUUUUUCCCCUCCCACUUUGCAGUGAUGGUGUGUAGUUUUACAGGAAUUUGUAGUAUUCUAUUACUUCUUACCAUUGUCACCACUUGGGGUGGUGAUAUGUUCAGUUCUGUUUCUUUGGGAACUACUUGUUCUUGGUCCGGAGAGUGUUCUUUCUAUCCGAGAUAACCAGUUUCAGCUGCUACCAAGGAUUCAGAACUUGUUAAUGGCAUUCUGCUGGGCCACCAAAUUAUUAAAAAAAAAAAAAAGACAAUCACCUGCUUCACUUGUGCCCAUAAAUAAUGGGGUAGGAGAAGCCUGAGGGUAGUGUUUGGUGGUUAAUCAGUUUGUUUUAGUAAGUUGGUAAUUUACAAUCAUAAUUUCAGCGAAUGAACUGGAAUAUAUAUCCAUGUUGUCAUGAAAAUGUAUGUCAUACUUGUGUCCUAGAAUAUAUAUAUAUAUAUAUACAUAUGAGUAUAUAAAUAUACUAUAAAGAUUUUGCUUGAAUCUUA